AUACUACUAAUUCGAGACUUUGGGCGUUUUCUGCAACCUUUUUUAUGGCAUUAUUUCUGACUUUGAACUGAGAAACGAUACCGAUAUGAAUACAAUUUUUUCCUGUAAAGCUGAUGAAAUCGGCCACCUAGUUCGUAGCUAGACUGACCAAGAUUAUCCAAAUGAGAAUGCCAAAAAUGGAUCUUGAUGGACAUUUUGCAUACAAUUUCUAAAUUAGUUUCCGAGAAUUCUUGAACCACUUCCUUGUAUAUUGAACUUUCUUCAUUUACAAGAUAGCUAUUACCCAUAGAGAUGAAACUCAGCUGUAUUUUCUACUUGUUUCAUCAAUCGUCAGAUUGCGAAUCUGGUCAUUAAUGCAGUCACUAAAACGUCAUAUUCUUAAUAAACUUCGCGUAAUUAAUUACACGGGAUCAUUCGCUCCAAAAAAAUUGAAAUGUGUGAUAAACGCAACCGGUUUUGUUACGUGUGUGGCUUGUUUGUUGACAAGCCACAUCGCUCGGAGUUUAAAAAGAAUCAAGCAGUGGUUCACUCCUUCAACGACUUGUUUAAACUCUCAUACGUUGAAAGUGCUUGGUAUGAACCCGAAAGUGUUUGCUCGACGUGCUCUGCAGUACUGAAGAAAGUGAAAUCCGGUAAGUGUUAUAACCAGCAUUUGUUAUUUGAGACUCCCAUGACUUGGCAUUAUCAACCGUAUCACAAGUCGAAAGAUUGCUACUUCUGCCAAACAGAUACCGUUGGCCAUCACUACAAAACUCGCAAUCUCAUAAAAUAUGCUAAUGUGUUGACUGUAUCGAGACCAACCCCGAAAGAAAACACAGGGGAGCCAACUGCAAACGGACAAGCAGACCCUUGCAGCGAGUUCCCGAUUGAAAAAAAUGAGGACUCGUCGUAUGUUCCAAAUCGGGCAGUAGUAAAGGAACGACAUUUUAUAUCUAGCCAAGAUUAUAGUGAUCUUAGUCGAGAUUUGAAUCUGUCUUAUAGAGAAACAGAGAUCCUGGGUUCACGAAUAAAGCAGUGGAAUGUAGUGGAUGAUGACUUUAAAGUGACAUUCACACGAAACUUAGACUUAUCGUCAUUCGAAGAAGUUUUUAAGGCUGAUGAUAUAGACAAUAAACUUGUAUAUUGUGUUGAUGUGGAUGGAUUGUUUGCUGCCUUCGAUCACGUGUACUGCGCAAAAGAUUGGCGAUUAUUUCUGGACGGUUCUUGCAAAAGUCUGAAAGUAGUAUUAAUUCACAACGAGAAUCAGUUGCCAACAGUUCCAAUAGCAUACGCUACUGAUAUGAAAGAGACGUAUCAAACGAUGGAAAAGAUUUUACGAUUAAUCAAUUACAAUAAACAUCAAUGGCAAAUUGUCUCAGACCUCAAAGUUCUGACAAUACUUCUGGGAAUGCAAGGAGGCUACACUAAGCAUCCGUGCUAUUUCUGCGAAUGGGACAGUCGUGCCAAGGAUCCUUACAAGUGUAGCGUGUGGCCUCCGAGAAAGGGGUUUCAAAUUGGAAUUAAAAAUGUUCUCAAUAUCCCAUUAGUAAAACCUGAUAACAUUAUCUUGCCGCCAUUGCACCUAAAGUUGGGCUACAUGAAACAAUUUGUAAAACGACUCGACAAAAACAGCGAGUCAUUUCUGCACCUGGAAACAGUUUUUCCCAAACUAAGUGAUGCUAAAAUAAAAGAAGGCAUUUUCAUCGGACCCCAGAUUCGCAAGCUGAUGAUUGAUGAGAAUUUUGUCGAAAAACUGAACGAAGUAGAAAAGAGAGCAUGGCUGAGUUUUAUCUCUUUAUGUCAUAACUAUCUUGGAAAUGAAAGAAGUUCUAAUUAUAAGGAAGUGGUUCAAGAGUUUUUGGAAGCUUAUGGAGAAAUGGGAUGCAAAAUGUCAAUCAAGAUACAUUUUUUGCACUCUCACUUGGAUUUCUUCCCGGAUAAUCUGGGUCAGUUUAGCGACGAGCAAGGUGAACGAUUUCACCAGGAAAUCUCGGCAAUAGAAAAGCGCUUUGCUGGAAAAAACCACGUUAAGAUGAUCGCUAAUUACUGCUGGUCGCUCAAACGUGAAACCGACGACCUGUAUUAUAAGCGCAAAAGAUCCAGGAAACAUUUUUAAUUCGAAUUGGUUGAGGUAUGUAGUUAGCGAGCAUCUUAAAGUGGUUUUUUUUUUGUAUCUUGAUUGACAUUUUGCAUCCCAUUUCUACAUAAGCUUCCAAAAGUAAUUAGCUAACAUCUUAACCAUUGUUAAACAUUUCCCAUUGUUUUGUAUAAAGUGUUCUAAUGAGUGCAAAAUUUUAUGAAAAAUAUAUAUGUUAUCAAUCUAACUAUCGCUAAAAACGACUGUUUGCUAUCUAAAGGUUCACUUGCGCAGCCAAAUUUAUAUUUUUGACUUAGAGUUAACAUUAAAUGAAGGCUGAAACUCGUACGGUUUAGACAACUUUUCAAAUUAACAUUGAGUUAAAAAGAUAACUGGCUGUCGUGCAAUGAUUUUUUCAUGUAAAAUGCUAAAAAUGGGGGUUUUUGUGAAAUUUUUGUAUGGGGAACCCCACAGGUGGGGUCUUAGGGGGGGUUCCACUGGCAUGGGUGGGUCGGCCCUACAAAGUUAGUGGGGGUCGGUCAUACAUUUAAAUACGAUUGGGGCACUCUAAAUGGGUCAACUUAGGAUUUUUCAAGCUUUGGCGCUCAAGGUCAAAAGUACGAAGUCGGGACAUCAGAAUUGGUUUUAGAGGUAUGCUUCCUUCGGCAAAGUAUCUUAUUUUGAUCCCUAAAAUACGAUUUUCCUUGUCACUUGGGUGAUUUUCAAAUCGACCCGCCUUCUAAUACAUAGUACCCCUGUAGGGCGCUUGAGACCAAAAAAUUUGAUUUUGGAUUAUGCUGCAUAUCUUGAAAACUUGAAGUCCUUUCCCAAAAAAAAACACUUGUGUAAUUAAGUAGUGAAUGCCUCUCGAUGACACAUGCCCAAAGAAGUUCAUUCAUUGUCAAUUAGUGGCAA